AUGGCGACCAGAAUCAAGCUCACGGCGAACCCUCAUUACCGGAAGUCCGGCACCAAGUCGUAUCUCUACGCUAUGCGGAAGUAUCGCUUCACUCCAACCAAAGGCGGGCCAUACUCCCUCGGAAAGACUAUGGUGCAGUCCGGAAGACCAUUCACUGAUAAGCCGGUUGGAGGCCGCGCUCGCUUGCAAGAGGUGCUGCAGAAGAAAAGCGCCGACACCGACGAGAUUGGACAAGUUGGCGCCGACGACGUGCAAAAUGACUCCAUGUACCUUGCCGAGAUCGAAAUCGGCACACCUGCGCAGAAGCUCAAUUUGGAUUUUGACACUGGCUCUGCUGAUCUUUGGGUUUGGUCCACGAAGCUGCCUUCCGAGACCUUGUCAGAGAACAAAAAUCACGUUAUCUUUGACCCGACAAAGUCGACUACUUACAAGGAAAAGGAAGGGUCGACCUGGAAGAUCUCCUAUGGCGAUGGAUCAUCAGCCUCUGGCACAGUUGGCAAUGACAAUGUCACCAUCGGUGGGCUGGUUGUCAAAGACCAGGCUAUUGAAAUUGCCGAUAAACUCUCUGCACAAUUUACGCAAGGUGCUGGAGACGGGCUUCUAGGUCUUGCCUUCAGCAACAUAAACACAGUCAAGCCGAAUGCUGUUAACACACCCGUCGAGAACAUGAUCUCGCAAUCUGAUAUUCCCAAGUCAGCACAACUUUUCACCGCGAAGCUAGGAUCGUGGCGUGACACGGAUGAGCCCGAUAAGGGAGAGUCAUUCUAUACAUUCGGCUAUGUUGAUCAGGAUACAGUCAAGGCCGCUGAAGCAGAUCUUCACUACACGCCUAUUGAUAAGAGUCAAGGAUUCUGGUUGUUCGAUUCAGCGUCAGCAACUGUGAACGGGAAAUCAAUUUCUCGUGCUGGAAAUAAGGCUAUUGCUGACACUGGAACUACCCUGGCAUUGGUUGACGAUGAGACUUGCCAGGCAAUUUAUGGUGCCAUUGAAGGUGCAGUCUACGACGAUGAGAGCCAGGGCUGGAUAUACCCUUCCAAUACAACUGCCGAUAAACUUCCUGUGAUAACAUUCGCGGUUGGUGACAAACAAUUUGUUGUGCAGAAGGAAGACUUGGGUUUUGCCGAGGGAAAGUCUGGCUAUGUUUAUGGGGGCAUUCAGAGUCGUGGCUCUAUGACCAUGGACAUUCUAGGUGACACCUUCCUGAAGGCUAUUUACGCAGUCUUCGAUGUCGGCAAUCUUCGGUUUGGCGCGGUGCAGCGAAAGGAGCUGCACCAGAAUCUUUCUGUUCCCUCGGAAUCAACAUAG